AUGGCAUCUCCGACGUCGUCUCUCCCAACGACGCUUUCAACGUACAAAGUCCAAUCUUUUAAUCCUGCAGUUUUAUCUCAUUUGAAACGUAUCUACGAGUCGCUUCGGUCACAGGAUCAGACACGUACAGGACAAGACGGUGCAACAAUCUCUCCGUCAGCUUAUUUCCUGCAAACCAUCCAGCAGGACCGGCAUUGCAAAGACAGCCAGGCCCUCAGUGACCAGCAGCAUGAUGUACUCAACAGCCUCUCAAGCUUCCUCGAAUACAUGUCGACUGCAACAGCGAUGCCGCAGUUCUCAGACACUGAAGCCUACGAAGAAGAUCUGUCGUUCCCCAUGCCCAAUUAUUUCAUUAAUUCGAGCCAUAACACUUACUUGACUGGCAACCAGCUAUACAGCGAGUCUAGCACAGAGGUGUAUAAAAAUCGCCUAAAUAUGGUCCAUGCUGCACAUCCGCCUCCCCAUUUGAUACCCGUCUGUGGUGAGAUGUAUGUGCGUGCAUGCGGAAGUAAUACUCAGCAUGGAAUGUUCUGCCCGUCAUCGAGCUGGCAGGGAAUAUAUUAUUUCUCGCAUAUUGCGAUCUUGGGCCUUGGGGGAAAGUUUAAAGUAUUGCUACGCUUGUGCCUUGAGAUUGAUGUUUGGGACGGCGAAUUAGACUCAUCCAGCUCCGAAUCAGGAGAUCCUUCAGAUGAUGACCAUAAAAGGGUGCAUAAAAAAAGCCAUGGAAAGUUUCGAAAGGAGGGUGUUGGACGAUUCAGUCUGUCCUCGCUUUCAGGUCGGUUUGAUAAGCUCAGCAACUGGAGUACGCCUGACGCUGCACCAGCUAGGGUCGCAGCCGCCGAUGCAAUCCGCCCUGAACCCCGAGUAUUCCAUGGUCACACGUUAACUAAAGAAGUUACAUUCCGUGAUGUAUGUUACACAAUCCGUGAUAAUGCGUUUGUAACAAGCGACCUACCAGUGAUCGUCAGCCUUGAGGUGCACGCCUCGCAUGAGCAGCAGGAGGUGAUGGUCGAAAUCAUGACGGAAGCGUGGAAAGGGCUUCUCGUGGAAUUCACACCGGAGAUGGAUGCCCUUCUUGCCAAAGGGGACCUUAGCCAUCUUUCCAGCCCAGCCUCCCUCAAGAAUAAGAUCCUGAUCAAGGUGAAAUGGAUAUCGCCUACGAACGAAGGUACCCCACCAGCUGAAGGAUCUAUUGAGGUUGUUGACUUUCGGACAGUUGGUAACGAAGAUAGAGCUCAGGAUAAGGUCAGAGCUGGAUCAAUGCCGACGAAGACCAAGCCUCAAAAGAUCAUUCAAUCCCUUAGCCGACUCGGAAUAUUCACGCGCGGUUAUACUUUUAAUAACUUUUCUCAACCUGAGGCAAAGAUACCACAUCAUAUAUUUUCGCUCUCAGAAGCCGCGGUGAAAGCGGCCCAUGAAAAAGAACGUCAAGCAUUAUUUGACCACAACAAAGAAUUUAUGAUGCGAACAUAUCCAUCUGGAAUGCGGGUAGACUCCUCGAACUUAGAUCCGUCUUUCGCAUGGCGUCAAGGAAUUCAGGUUGUCGCUCUAAACUGGCAAAGCUGUGACAAAGGAAUGAUGCUCAACAAAGGAAUGUUCGCAGGAAGUGGUGGAUGGGUGCUGAAACCUCCAGAAUAUCGCGGAUCGACGGGAUGCAGCAGCUCGACAAGUUCAUCGCGGCAAGAUCAGGUGGCUACUGCUGUCAAUGAAGGCUGCCGCAAGGGCGUACAGGUGAGUAUGAGUGUUCGACGCAGGGUGACCCUAUCUAUUGAAAUAUAUGCAGGACAGAAUAUAAUGGCGGGGGAUGGGAAGUCAAACCCCAAAAGUUUCCAUCCAUAUGUAGCCUGUCAUUUGCAUGUUGAGCGACCCAAGGACAGCAUCCAUGCUACGAGCAAGGAUUAUGACAGCAGCGACCCCAAUUACAAAUGUCAAACUAAAAGCUGCAGUGGUGCCGAUCCGGACUUUGGAGGUCAAAUCCUCCAAUUCCCAAGCGCUCCUGGUAUUCUUGAAGAGCUUUCUUUUGUCAGGUUAGUGACGUUCCAGCCAAUCAUCCUUUUCCCCUUCCGACUUGCAUAUUAUAAUAAGCAGCGCCGCAUCGCGAGGAGAGAGCAUUUUGAUAUGUCGACAUCUCCACAUGUCUAUAUGAUUUCUUUUUAUGGAGGUAUCACCUGGUGA